UAAAUGUUUAAUUUUUGAGGUUAUAAAAAAUUGACAUAGAUAAGAUUCGUUUUAGCUUAGAUUCACUGUGAGGAGUGUUCAUUUUGAGCAUCUUUAAUGGCUUCUGAAAUGCAGAGCAGUGGAAUGUUAACUAGAGAACAACUUUUCCAUCUUUUCGAGCGUUUUGCUACUCUUACAUCCCAACCUGAUGUGAAGAAAAGGAUUUUAGAUGCUGUUCUGGAUAAGCAGGAAGCUGUUGCUGUGACCACUACAAUACAAGAGGAAAUAUUUGUGGAGAUGGGUGUUGACCCAAGAUUUGGUCUUUCAUGCUUGGGAAAAAUCAGUACUGUAUAUGAGAAUGACCAAGAUUUGGUGAUUCAAUUUUAUAAAUUCCUUGCCAAAGAAGAGAUGGCCUGCGAUGAAGCAGAGCUUGGAGAAGAAGAAUUUGCAGAAAAAAUGCACUAUCAACAAAACAUACAGGAACAGCAACUAGAGAUGCUGCAGCACAUGCGCAAGUUUAACUUGGAUGAUCAAUCUGCUAUACUUGAGAAGUUGCACAAGCAGAUGGAAAAUGGCAAUUAUGAAAGCGAGACAUCCAUUUUGUCAGUUGAGCAGAUGGAAGAGAUAAUUCAAAGGAAGGUGUCCCUUCUGUUUGCCCUAAGUUAGAUCAUGUUGAGAGUUAUUUUGUAUUUGUAUUGUAUUGGCCAAAUCCAUAAUCCAUGAUAUGUAUAAUACUUCACUUAUCAGCCAAAUACCUAUUAUUCCAUGA